AUGAGUAGUUCGCUGCACAACAAUCUGCGAGAAGUUUUUGGAUGCGAUGCUAUAGAUUCUUGUUUUUGUAAAGAAUUAUUUUUCGAACAAAUCGUAUAUUUCUUACAAACUUCAAACUUAACAUCACAACUCGCUACGCUGGUGGAAGAAUGUAAUUGUUUGGUGAGUAUUUCUACUAUCAACCUUUAUCAUACUCUUGAUGAUGACAAUGAUCUCCUGAGGUUACUGUGUUUAUUCAUAAAAUUGAUUGGCAAUUUAAAUGACGAGUUGAAUGCAUAUGUUGGAUCUAUCCUCGAUUCAAGUUUGGAGUCAAUAAUAAAUGAUAACAAAAUAAUGAACGAUGUACAGUGCCUUGUUACAUCUGUGUUAGGUUCAUUGAAAUGUGAAAAUUUACUACAACCAUUAUGGCAUAGUUAUUUGUGUUUAGAACUUGAAUCAGCUGAAAUGGAUACUGAAGAGUCGAAUAUAUUCUCUUCCAUCGUUUGUCCAAACAUUACAGACAAAAAAAUGCAAAUUUUGUUAUCAGCCCGGAAUUUAACUCAUAAUCAUUCUCUAGUCAAUUGGAAUCAUUUAUAUCGACAUUUAUGUGCACCUUAUAUUAAAGAAGCUCUGACAUACAGAACAAAGUUAUUGUGUUCCGAAAACUAUGCCGAACGAUUUCUAGAUUCAAUAAUAAAAUAUAAAAACUGCGUACUGAAAAAAGUUCUCAUACCUAGACUAUUUUCAAGAAAAAGUGAUAUACAUGAUAUCAAUUCUGAGUUAUCGGAUGAAAUUGUAUAUAAGACAUUCUAUUUAGUUCAUAAACCUGAUAUGUUUUCAUUAGUUAUUGAAUACCCAGACUCUGUUGCUGCGCUUAUGGACCUGGGCAAAUGUUUGGAUAAUCUCCCAAUACGCCAAGAUUUGAUUACUCACCUAACCGAAGAAGUUCAACAACGAUUAUUGCACCCAGGUGUUCAUACUGAACAAAUUUUAGCUGCUUAUAAUUACUUAGUACGGGCUUUACGUUUAAUCGAUAGUACAUUUCUGGUACAAGAUAUAGUUUGCAAACCAGUCUCGGCAUGUCUUCGGCAAAGAGAGGAUGCGGUUCGUUGUAUAGUUGAUAAAUUAAUAUCUGGCCCAGAAACCGAUGGUGAAGACGAUGAAAUUAAAGCUGAAGCAUACACUGAUACAACUACAGAACUUCAUCAAGAAUUAUUAUUACCUAAACCAUUGGAGGUUGAACCAUUGGAUGGUGGUGAAGAUAGUGAUGCUGAUAUUGUCUAUGAAGACCCACCAUUUGACUCCGAUAUACAUUCUGCUAACUCAGAUAAACAUUUUCUUUUGGAAAGUGAUUGGAAACCAGAUCCUAUUGAAGCUCUAUGUCAGCGAGGAUCUUGGCGUCGUAAAUUAGAUCUUUUAAGCAUGUUAGUUAGUAUUUAUGGAAGUAAGAAAGCAUUUUUAGUUGAGUACAAACAAUUAUUGAGCCAACGUUUAUUAAGACAGAGAAGUUUCCAUACAGCAAGAGAAUUAAGAAAUUUGGAGCUGUUAAAACUUCGUUUUGGCGAACAGAAUUUACAUGAAUGUGAAGUUAUGCUUAAAGAUAUUCGAGAUUCGAAACGAAUUGCUAAUUUAGUAUCAGAAGCUACGUCAAAUAAUUCAAAAGGAAAGCGUUUAGAUCAAACAGAUAAAUUAUUAAACAGUCCUACUCUUGCUCCUGAUGGUAAUGAAAUCAUGGAAUCAGAUGAAACGCAGUUAAAAGUUGAUUGUUUGGAGAAUAAAGCAACGUCUGUCGUAUGUGUUACUGGCGCUACUACGGCUCCCAUUACUACUGUCAGUAAUGAUGAUAAUUUUAUUUUGAGCAGUAAUAGUAGUAGUGCUAAUAAUAUUGCUUUUCCUUUAUCUGCUUACAUUUUAUCUAUUCAUUAUUGGCCCGAAUUGCUUGAUGAUAAAUUUAAAAUACCUGAAGAUUUUCGUCCAGUAUUUGAACACUAUGAACAAUGUUUCCAACGUCUUAAAGGCAAUAGAACACUCAAUUGGAUGCAUAAACUGGGUCUAGUGAAUAUCGAUCUUACACUUGGCAAACGUAGCGUGAAAAUUGAUGUUACACCGUUGCAAGUAUCAAUUGUUCAUCUAUUCACAAAACAACGUACUUGGUAUAUAAGAGAUUUAGCUCAAAAACUAGAAAGUCAAAUCUCCACUAUUCGAACUAGUUUAUAUAUGUUUAUUCAGUUAGGAUUUAUACGACUAUCUGAUUCACAUGAUAGUAAUAGCCAUGUAAAUUUUAUAAGUGAAAAUCUAGAAAUCUAUGAAGUUUGUGACGAGACAGAUACUACUAAUUCAAAUGAGAAGUUAAGUAAUUCAAAUAGUACAAAUUAUUCAAAUGAUCCUGAGAAAAUUGAUUCAAACACUAUUGAAGCAACAAAUAAUUGGAUGUUUACAUCACAAGAUCAUUCUGAUUCACUUGUAGCUAGUGUUAGAGAACGUAAAGAAAAGGAAUUACAAGUAUUUUGGUCUUAUAUCACUGCUAUGUUAACCAACCUUGGAAGUUCGUCGUUAGACCGAAUCCAUUCGAUGCUUAAAAUGUUCGCACUCGGUUCUACAUCCAGUUUAGGAUUUAAUAGAGAUGAACUACGCCGAUUUCUAGAUAAGAAAAUUAGAGAAGGCCAACUAAAUUAUGAUGGUGAAAUGUAUAAAUUAACAAUCCCUGAUGUGUAA